AUGUUCUGCCUUCGCUCCCGGGCCGUGCCCUCAGCCUUCCGGGCCACCACAUCGGCCAUGCGGACCCCAAUGACCAGAUUCGCUCAAAUCCCGCAACAAUCCAGCACACCCUCCACAAUGCUCUCAUCCCGCUCCUUCUCCUCCCUCCUCUCCACACCAACCCGCUUCCAACCCUCGCAAACACUCGGCGCCCGCUUCUCCUCGCCAGCCACAUCCGCCUUCUCGCCGCUGUCAUCACUCCUCUCCCAGCAGGCUCCCCAGCAGACCCGCUCGUUCUCCGCAAGUGCCUCCCUCGGCGUGCGCCGUGUGACGUUCCGGCCAUCGCGCCGGGUUCAGAAGCGCCGCCAUGGCUACCUGGCGCGCAAGAAGGACCGUAAUGGACGCAAGACUCUUAUUCGCAGAACUCUGAAGGGUCGCAAGGAGUUGAGUUGGUAG